CAUAUUGCUGACGCUUUUUCUCAAUGCAUACUCAAGUCGCUGUUGUGCAAGUGUUGCGGACAGAGUAGGAGCUUUCCCUAAGUCCAGGCUCCAAGCUGCACCUCCAAAGCAAUUUGAAUGACUGCAGAGUAAAGCUUGAUUGUCUGUGCUUGAUUCGAGAUAGCAGAGAAAUCCGCAGUAAAAAUAGCUGCUGUCAACGUCGUGCACCGUCGUACAGUGCAUAGGAGACGCAGUCAUCGAACAGCCUUCGCGACGCCUAACAGAAAAUCUCAAAGUCGAGACAAUGCUUACCGAGUCUCGCCCUUAAAGGCCACUUCCGUCAUUCAACCAGUACUUUCGCCACAAAUGACAAAUCCCGAAGAGCCUGUCCUGGUUCGGAAACAGAUGAUAGCUCCUGAGCUUGCUCGGAGCUAUCAUGACCCUGCAGAGCAACCCGUCAAAACUUUAACGCCAAAAGGGUGUUGCAGGGCGUCUGAACCGCACCGCCACAUAUUGUGGCACCUCAUGAGUCGGUGGCGAUAUCAUGGCCAUUUUCGCAGAUCUCCUGUGUGGCGUAGCUGGAAUCGUGCUGAUCUCGUCGUUUCCAAGCUAGGCAGUAGGAUUACGGAGCGCUGGGCCGUCUGCACCAUGGUGCUCUUGAUUCUACCUAAAAACCAAGUCUGCAGUGGUGACUGUAUUCUGUAA